UGAUAAUAACUUCCUUAUAGGUGCCUUGUGAGCGCCGGAAGGUACUUCCGCGGCCACCUACAACUAACCAUCGCAACCAGUUACGACUGGCUCAGCAGUGACUUGCCAACAUACUAAAGCAACAAAUCUCAUAUGCCUAGCUCCUUAUUCCACAACAGCUAGCGCGUAACAAAGGCACGGCGUUUAGGUUUGCUUGGGCACAUUGUGCAUGCGGGAGCCAGAUAAAAUGUCUGAGGACUCCAAACUGGCGUCCAAGUCGUGACUGCUGAGUGUUGCCGUACACCUCGACGACCAGUUACAGAGCUUUGAACCGUCACCCUCACUACUUAAGAGAACGUCUGGCACAAGCCACAAUAUACCGAUAACGUCUGUCAUUGUUACGUAUACUACCUUUUCCUGUACUUGCUUCGUUGCCUUUCUAAUUAGACGACCGCACGUUUGGUGCUUACCAAGCCUACGAAACAACCUAUAUAGUGGUAAUAACAUUUCGGUAGGAAUAUACAAACUACUCUUUCCUGACCGAAGGCUACGAACAUGGCCGCGAGAUACUUGCUCGCCUUAGCCCUUCUAGGAGUAAUGAGCUUGCAUCAAGUUGCCGCUGACACAUCCGGGAAGGCCAGCAGUGCUGUGCAUCAAUGCGUCUACGCGGGAGGCGCUAUAGCUGCUGCUGGACUCAUAUUAACAGUAGCGCUUUCGUGCGUUGGCUGCGUCUCCGAGCGAAGGCGGAGUAGGUCGGUGGACCCUGCUGGCGCCCCUCAAGUUGCCGCACCGCAGCGAGCAGCUGAUGGCAAGAUUUCACACGUAGUCCCAGCUGGUGGCAACGCUCCUGGCUGGGAUCCAGGCUACCAGGCGGCAGGCUGGGGCCAACAACCGAAUGCCGCAGCACAGGCGCAGCAGACGGGCGGGUGGGGCAACAAGGGCGCAUGGAACUGAGCACUCCCCUGAAGUGUACGAACUGGUGCCUACGGGCUGCCGAGUGCCGUGCAUUCUGGUGUAGGGGCCGGUCACUGCAGUGGUGCUUGUGCCUUGGCGGGUCCCGUUGACAGGUGUUCUUGUUCACAGAGCUUUACUGCUAACAAUCUUAGGAGGAUAGGUGGGUCGUUCAUUGGUGUACUACUCCUCCAAAGCGCCUUCAGUGCCUCCUAAACCCUAUGCUGGUGUUGGACCUCUGCGCUCUCUCAAAGCGGCGUGACAACCCUAAUUUGCAUGUGGUUUUAUCUCUGGAACGGGGUUGUACAAUUUUACGUAAGACGAAACCCGACCGUUUGUACUUGCGCUGCGCCACGUGCUCCCCGCUUGCAACAUUGCGAGGCAAGCCACUUGACUGUCAAGGCAGGUUGCUGUUUUGAUGCUCGGAGCACAUCAUGAUGCUUUUGCUGAACCCUAGGCACUGCGUUUCCUGGUGCCCACCGGGGCCCAAGAAGGGAGUAAGGAGGAGAUUGGCCGCGAAGGUUGUACACUUGCUUGCUGAGCUACGUUUCCGUACUAUGUCGUACAUUUGGGCAUAUACCAUGCUGGCUUGGGCCUUGUGGCUAAGGGGGUUACACGAUGCACAUGUGGGGUUACAUGCGUGCACCUGCCUCGCCGGGCGUGCGUUGGAGCAGCCCUGGUUAUAGACUGACACGCAUGUUUUGCAGUUGGGCUGCCUGUUUUCCAUAGGGCUGGGUGUAGCUUUUGGCAUUGCGCAUGCCAAAAGAAUGUGGGUUUGAAUAUGAGGAGUCGCCAACUUCCAUAGCAUUGCGAAGGCGUACGGUGGUCGUGUAUGUCUGCCGAAACAUGGUGUAUUUGGUCGUGCACACUUAAAGAAGCAUUUGGCCCAGGAUGUCUUGUCCUGCUGUGCGCACGACGGCAAACGUGUAGGACCUGUAUGUAUGUUGGUUGGGACUGUUAUUGCAUUCGACUUGUUUGGCCUUUUGUGACAAGAGUGCAAAAUAUCAUUGCGCCCCUCCUUCUGUUCCUUCUUGAAGAUCAGUGUUUGGAGCAACCAGUUACGAUGGCUGGGCUACGGUUUCCGUACACCUCUGAAUUGCUGUUCAGCAGUGGCUUCUCCCAUUGUUACAUAGCAGGAACCGAU